AGUAAAAUGGCGUCGGUGAGAAUGUUUUGCUCUCGUGGUCCGUCGAUUUCUCGGCAAUUUUUAAAUAUUGCAAGGCCUAUAGCUACAUGCAGUAGGUGUUAUGUUCAAGACAACACUGUCACCCACACAGGGCAGGUAUUUGAUAAAUCUGAUUACCGUCAGGUAAGAUACAGUCAAGCUCAAAAAGAGGUUAAUCAGAAGUUUGCUAUAAAUCUAAUUGAUGAUGUACCCCCAAAAGUGAUUGCUGGUCGUCAUGUUUACUGUGAUGGUGGUGGCGGUGCUCUUGGUCAUCCCAAAGUCUAUAUAAAUCUGGAUCCACCGGGUGCACAUUCUUGCGGUUAUUGCGGUCUGAGAUUUACAAAGAAGGCACACUGAUGUCAUGCAACUGUGUUUGAUCUGAAUGAUUUAUUGGAAAUCAUUGCUUUGCUAUUUAGUAAUGAGGUAGUUUUUGAAUGGAAGUGAAACUAGUAAAGGUUAUACAACAUGGCAUGUACUUGUAUAUAGUGUCAAAGCAUGUAGUAAACUCGACUUCUGUAUGCGUAAAUGUAUUAUAAAUUGGGUGUGUUCUUAUAAAUUAAACUUGAUAAUGUUUACUUUAAAUGAUCCUUGUAUUCCUGACCCCCAUACAUUGUGAGUGCACUAUGCUUUCUGCUUGAGAAAGUCCAAUUUUUCACAAAAUUAAACUUCUUUAAUAAAUAAAUGAAUCAUAAACGGUA